AUGUUGCUACGAUUGCGAGUGAGAUCCGUAUCCACUCAUUCAAAACGGAAAGCCAAAUAUGCAGCUCAUCUGAAUUAUUCCACUUCUCACAAAGCGAAGGCUACCUUUGAUCUUUCAUUGACGAGACCAACUGAAGAUGACAAAGUGACGAGACAAACCGACAGAAAGAGACAAACAAAUAGAGAGCAGUUAACUAGCAACAAACAGUCUAAUCUUUUUGUUUCUCCCUUUAAAGAGGAGUUUUUUGUACCUCCAAUUCAUAUGAAUUCAAUGAUGUUAGAAUUCAAAUUUGAUUUUGGCAAACACCACGAUAAGAGGGACCUUAUACCUAAGUUGAAACUGCUUCUUGAUUCUUUUUUGCAGGAAUGCGAUACUCCUGCUAAGUUCAAUAAAAUAGUAUGCAAAUUAGAACCAAUAAUAGAGGAAAUGUUGAUAACAAUAGAUGAUUUGUCGUUUGUGGAUUUAUUCACCUUCCUCUCUUAUAAAAAAAUUAGAAUAGACAAUGACAAGGUAACUAAUAGAUUUACAGAAUUGCUUUCUUCUGAGUUAAGUGUGCAAAAUAAAUAUGACUUGCUAUUUUGCAAUCGAGAAUCUCUCCCAGAUGCUGAACCACAUAUUUCCAUCCUUCGCAACCCUCUAACGCAAAAGCAAAUGUAUAGGAUAGCAUGUUCAUACUCUACUUCCAUUAUCAAAUCAGUAAUACAAUCAUUCUAUUUACCUUUACAUGAUCAAAAGAAAGUUGACGAAUACUUGGAGGUCCUUUAUGAACGAUAUCCUAAGAAUCAGAAUAAGUUUAGAGCUUUCAAAUGCUUUAUCAAUCUUCUCUUACAGAACAAUAAACUAGAUAUUAGAAUUUCAGCAAAAUACAGCAUAUCUUAUUUGUGUGGUUUUUUGGCUUCACUCACAAGAGCUGAAAUUGAAGUUCCUUCGAAUUUCUCAUUAGAUUCCUGGCAUGAAAUUUUGAUAACCGAGUAUUUUCAGCAUAUAAGCUCCAAAACCUUAUAUAAUUACCUCACAAUAUUUUAUGGUGCUUCUCUGCCUGACGAACUUGACUUACUUAAGGAUUCAUGGGAAUGCAAGCGUCUCAAUGAUGAGCUCAUGCGUGAUCUUUCUCCCUUUGUCAGCAAUGAUAGGGCAAUACCACUAAAACUUCUUUAUUUGCUUUUCAAUAAACUAUUGGCUGAAGGAGAUACUGCAGUGAUCAAAUUAGCAAUCAGAUGCUUUCAAAAUUUAAAGACAGAUACACCGGAGAAACAAGUGUUAAAGAAUUAUUUCCGCUUUUCUGUAUUAAAACAGGCUUUAAUUAUCAAAGACCAGAAGAAUAGUUUGUUCCAGUAUUUAAUGCAGUAUCUUGGUGAAGAAAAGUUUAAUCUACCCGAGUUUGAAGAAAUUAAGAUCAAACCUAUAUUUGAUUAUUAUGGGAGUGAUUUCAGUGGUUUUGUCCAUUACUUAAAAACUAUCAAUAGAUCUACUGAGAUGUAUAAAUGCAUAGAUGCACAAGAAGUUCAGUUGAUUAUAGAUACAUUGGGUCAGAGAGAAAAAGAGAAACUAAUACAAGUACUCAUUAAAUGUAACUUCUUAUUCAAUGGUGAAAGUCCAGUCAAAUCUUGGAUAAAGCAAAAACCUAGCUUAGUAAAAUAUGUAUGCUCAGGAGGUCAGCUCAACCCUGAGAUGAAAAACAGUGAAGCAAUAGAGGAAAACUUCUUACUGAGAGCGGUUACCCUAUUGACCCCCAAUGAACUAUUCGAUCUUAUCACGGAUUAUGAUACUGGGGAAUAUUUUGCUAAAGAAAUACUUUCAACGUUCAAAGUUUACAAAAACAGCUUUGAAUACAUCUGUGCUCAACUAAAGGUUCUACCAAUUGUGAAAGGUAAGACCGGUAGUGUUUAUCUUGAAAUAUUGGUUAGCUUUAUGAAGAAGCAUAAUCUUGAUGCAAACUCUAUUACAAUGGAACAAAAACUUAGACUUUACAAUAUCUACAUAGAAAAGAUCAUAGAUAUCAAUCAUAUAAGUGGAUUAGGGGUUGCUUGUGCAUUGAUUCCAGGUUGGAAAAAACAAAUAUUGAAGUUUUGGGGUAUGUCUGAAACACAUUUGGUUAAGCUCAAAGAUGAUAAAUAUGCCAUCACGGAACAGUUAGAUGUUACAGCCUCUCUUCUCAAACAUUACGUGACCAAGUACAGUGAAAGCAAGAGAGUGAAUGCCAAGCUAUGGGCAACUUUAUUCAAAAAUUCUCUAGUUAUUGGAACUACCUUGAAGGAAAGUUCUGAAAAGGAAGAGCUUCUCUCACAGCUUUUCAAAUAUUUCCAGGUACAAUGUGUUAAAAAAAUGUUCAAUCCUUUUACCUUAUACAAACUAUAUCAACUUGCUGAGUCCUUUCAAUUAAAGCCUGAGUGGAAAGUGGAUAUCAAUAUAGGCAACUACCUCGAGUCAUAUUACUCUGUGAAUAUUAAUGAUGUGGUCUCAGCUAGUGGUGUAUCAAUUGGAGACACUUUUUCCGUGAUAGCAAAAUACGAAUCUAAUGUCGAACUGUCAAGUUCUUUAGUUUCCAGGUUGUUUGAAGAAGUCCCAGAAAAUGAGAAGGGUUUUUUUCUUGUUUCAUUGAGGAAUCUUAUGGUUACUGUUCCUUAUGCACAAAACAUCCACAGUUAUAUUCAUGCUCAGAUUUUAAACAAAAAUUCGGAAAUAUACAAACUUUUUGGGUUGGAUAUGGAGAAUCCCUUAACUAAUAGUCCAAAUUCGAGAAGAUCAAAAUGGAUGAGAUUUGAUGUUAGAUAUUUCUCGCCAUUACUCGAAAUAUUUAUGAAAGAUAUCAUAGCAAAAGAACAGAACACCUCAAUAAGGAAUAUGAUGGUGGAUUCACUUGCUACUAUGAAAACCAAUCCAAACAAUGAUGCACCUAUGAGGUUUUACCAGAUGUAUUGUGAUGUUGCAUAUUUUACCAAUCCAAAUACAUCAGGAUCACAAUCCCAAGAACUAGCUCUAUUCAUGACAGAAUUCAAGGAAGUUUUCCAAUUGGAUCAACAAAAACUAGUUUUGCCAGAUUAUUUGGUAAAACCUUUUGCAUACCACUUUCUAUAUACAAGAAUGUUCACAUAUGAUAUAAAAACCAUUAUUCAGCUAUUGUACAUUUUAACUCAAGGGAAUGAAGUAUUGGGAGAACUAGGUUUCUGGAAGCUAGGUGAAGAAAGAGAGAUUGAAAACCUAAACAGUGAAAAUAGUAAUAUUCCAUUCUUUUAUAAAAUAGAAGACGAAUCGGAUUUGAUGAGUCUUUACAGAUUAGUAUUUACGGCUUCCAAGAACACUAGUGAAGUUUCAACAAGUGAACUGACUUAUAUCAUCAAUAUUUCUGAAAAUUUGAUUAAAGCGGAAAGCAUAUCAAAACGCAGCAAAUAUUCGAUAAUGAAUUGCACGUUGAUUUUGGUGGGUAAACAUUCAAAUUUAUUGUCAGCAUUUUACAAGAAAGCACAACAACUUUUGCCGGAGUAUAAGGUUACGAAUUCUGUCAUUGCAGAAUUACUUUAUUCCACCAUGACCAAUGAAAUAAGGGACAUUGAUUCCACAUUAGAUUAUAUGAUUAGUACACAUGAAACGCAUUUCAUGCAUCAAUCAUGCGAAACUGUGAUUAGAAGAUUAAUUGCUGAGGAGCAAAAUGGAUUAGCCCAAGAGCUAUAUGUCAAAUACACAGAGAGAAAGCCAAGGUUUAAGAUACUAGACCUUAACGAUACCCUUUCGUGGGGAAAAGCUAGACAACCUGUAGUUACGAUUGAUUCGAAUGAUGGCGUAAAUAUGAAAAUGGAUAGAUACAAGGUCAAACUUUAUGAUUACGAUUCCUUAGAUAAACAAAAAAGCUGA